UUGUGCAUGUAGUGUCUCAUAUUAACAUUGUCUCUCCAUCCAGGUAUUUGUCCUGCGACCAUUGCCCUAGACCCUGGGAACAUACAGGAAGUCAGGGGAACGUACGGUUCAUGCAGGAAACACCAUUCUUCCUCAGCGUUGGACACCUUCUUCCCUUCACCAUGUCAGAUUCCAACUCAACCGACUUCACCAACCCCACCACCUUCAUCCUGCUGGGCAUUCCUGGCCUCGAGGCAGGCCAUAUCUGGAUCUCCAUCCCCUUCUGCACCAUGUACGCCAUAGCCAUCUUGGGGAACUUCACCAUCCUGUUCAUCGUGAAGACGGAGCCGAGCCUCCAUGGGCCCAUGUACUAUUUCCUCUGCAUGCUGGCCGUCACCGACCUGGUCCUGUCUACAUCCAUCGUGCCCAAAAUGCUGAGCAUCUUCUGGUUCUAUUCCAGGGAGAUCAAUUUCAGUGCAUGCCUCACCCAGAUGUACUUCAUUCUCAGUUUCUUUUUGAUACAGUCUGGGAUCCUCGUGGCCAUGGCUUUUGAUCGCUAUGUGGCCAUCUGCGAUCCCCUGAGACAUUCCACCAUCCUGACAAACACUGUGGUUGCCAAAAUUUUCCUGGCCGUGGUGCUGCGCGGCAUCAUGCUCAUACUGCCCUAUCCUUUCCUGGCGAGGAGGUGGCCAUAUUGCAGAACCAACAUCAUUCCAAACACGUACUGUGAGCAUAUAGCUGUGGUGAAGCUGGCCUGCACCGACAUCAGCAUCAGUAGUUACUACAGCCUCUCUGUGGCAUUCUUGGUAAUUGGUAUGGAUGUGUUUUUUAUCACCGUGUCCUAUACCCAGAUCCUCAGGGCCAUCUUCAGCCUCCCAACGAAGGAAGCCCGGCUGAAGACUUUUGGGACCUGCGGCUCCCACCUCUGUGUCAUCUUAGCCUUUUACAUCCCACAUCUCUUUGCUGCCCUCACGCAACGGUUUGGGCAGAAUGUGGUUCUGUAUUUGCGCGUUCUCAUGGCAAACAUGUACCUCCUGGUGCCCCCCAUGCUAAACCCCAUCAUCUAUGGGGCCAAGACCCAACAGAUCUGGGACAGGCUGCUCCAGCUCUUUGCUAAUAAAGUGACCUAAAGUUUUCUCCUGGUUCUCUAGCUCUCAGACUGAGCUCCAUGCAGAGCUGGCUGGUGACAUGGUGCUGGGCCCUCUUCCCUGAAUCACUGACUGGCCAGUCAAAGAGACAUUAAACCCUUUCCUGACCUUAGUGUGCUGUGUCAGCGUGACAAACUGGGGAAUCUGCCUAUGUACAACUCAUAGGGUUGCCACCUUUCUAAUUGCUGGUAAAUGGAAGCUUGAGGCCCCGCCCCUCU